AUGGCUCCUGAUAUUUAUUCUCACGCUGUGUUUGGAUUCUCACCAAGCCUCGACUGGAGCAUACUGCACUUCGUUAAACCCAUCGACGACAUCAGGGUGUGCAGUGCCUGCAGAGCUGUUGCGAGAAAGACCGCUUUCCUAGCGUGUCGCCACGUUCUAUGCGAGCCCUGCUACGAGCACUGGAGGUCAAGGGGCAGCCAUGUCUGUUUCCUCGAUGGCGACCUGUGUCCAGAAAACGAGGUCCAUUGGAUGGAGUUUCCAGCGGAGAAGAUGAUGAAAUCUGAGGUCAGCUGCUGGAACAGGGACAACGGAUGCGAGAUCAUCACUGAGGUUUCAAGCAUAACCGACCACUUCCACCUAGACUGCGAGCACCACACCGCGUGUUGUCCAAAGUGUUCGUCGACGGUUCUUCGGAAAGACAUCAUCGCACACCUUGAAUCUCAAUGUGCCAACCACGCCUUGAAGAUAAAGUCGACAACGCCACCAAGCGAGGGAGUGCACAAGGAGGUGCAAGGCUUUUCGGAAGGGGUUCGUGGCAAAGAAAUGGGAUUUCGAAAGGCAUCCCUCAACGAUUUAUCGCUGGCGACAAGUCUUCAAGGAAUGACAGCAAGGGACGAAGAAAAUGUCGACUCCCUUUCGAAGAUGGCAGUUGAACUGGUGCAGAUGUUGGAGGUAACGAAGCAGACAUUGAGUGCGGUCAAAAAAAGCAGCGAAGGACACGUGAAUGAAAUAGCAUAUUUGAAGACAUGCAAAGAAAAUUUGUGCGCGGAGUUCGACGAAAUUACGAAGGUUGCCGGUGCAUUGGGGCCUUGCGAAUCCGCAGAUCAACAGGAAAUGAGGGAGAGUGAGGAAAAUGCAGCUCAAUCGCAAGCGAUGAAGGGCGAAAUGCAAAGCCUGUCAAGUAUACUGGAAGACCUGGCGAAUAAGAUCUACGCUACUACAGCGGUGGCCAAAAGUACGGUCGCAGAUGGUUUGUCUGAGGUUCUAAGCUGCAACAUCUCCUCUACACGGCAGGCAGAAUGGCUUGGAGAAGAAUUCCCACUAGGGGCGACGGCCCGUGUUUUCGAGAAUGAACUGAAGGUUCCCGUGAAAAUCGUGUGGUGUGUGUAUGAGUGGGCGCCGCUCAGACUCGCGAUUACAGCGAAAGAUUUUUGCGUCGCUCGUACCAGCAUCGUCGCUGAUGGUAGAUACGAAAUACGCCUAGCCAUACUUCAACGUUCACAUAUACCGCUAUUCAGCAUUUCGGUGUUUGUGUCUGAACCAGAUGGCGCUGCUGUCGGAGUCUUACCCGAAAAUGUGACCUUGUUCUUUAUCAGCAGAAGGACAUGUAUUGCCGAGAACGAGAUUAAUCUCACAAAGUUAAAACGUGGGUCCUUUCUGCCAGUCCAUUUAAGCGUAGAUGAUCUUCAGCGCAGAGGAAUCAUUCAGGGAGACGUGCUUAACCUGUGCUUCAAAUUUUCAUAUUAACAAUUGUGACG